GCGGAGACGUGCGCCCCGUAGGUGUGUAAUGUCGUUCAAUUCAGAGACUUCCUCGAUCCUUGUCCAGCGAUAUACGGAGAUCGUGAAUCUAUGCUCGGGGUGACGGUAGUGGGGUAAACGACUUAUCAACAUCGGCAGCAUCGCGAGAAACGACUCUCUGCGUUGAGGCUACGGGAGUGCCGGUGUGCAUGAGUGUUUAGCAGUGAUCAAUGAACUCUGCGUUGCUGUACGUCGGGGCGUGCUGCCACUGUUCUCGUUAAAGCCGGCAGACGUACGUACGUACGAGAGAGCCCCAGCAUUUUCGCUUGCCUCGCGACGCGGUCUGAUUGAUCCCCUCCCGUUUCAACAUCCCAUAUAGGCCCCACCUUUUUCUCUUUGCCACCCCGUUCGAGAUGCUUCAUCACGAGAUACCUCCUGUUUCUUUUCGUUUCCCGAGGCGAUUCGUCCGAUUGACUCGUCUGCCCGUUAUCAAAAGUGUUCGACUGGAAUUUUACAUUUCACGGUGGAAGAGUUUUAGCUGUUCACUUCCGUCGUUCAGCGACACUUCGCUGUCUAAUUUGAAUAUCGGCAUCAUUAAUUGAUCGACAAAUCAACACUUACGACACUUUUGACCGUAGCCAAUCUCUUAACGUAUUCCAUUAGCACUGUUCGAUUAUUAGUGCGGUCGGUGUAAUCGCUGCCUUGACGUAACAUCAAGUUUUCUAGUCGGUGAGAGAGCAGUAUGUGGCGUAUAAUGUCACUGUGAAUUGUAUGUAAAUAAAUGAAGAGCAUAAGUAUGAAAGGCAGCGGAGGAUCCAAGAUGCCUCAUAGUCACUCGACUCCGGCUGGUGUGGAUGGAGGUAGUAGAACUCCUCCUACGACACCUAGAAAGGCUGGUAAAAUGCUUGCUGUUCGCGUGCAGAUGUUGGAUGAUACGAUCACAAUGUUUCAAGUUCAGGCAAAAGCUUUGGGAAGAGUGUUGUUUGAUCAAGUUUGUAAACAGCUGCAUCUUUUGGAGGCUGAUUACUUUGGUUUGGAGUAUCAGGAACCUAAUGGGACAAAAUAUUGGUUAGAUUUAGAGAAGCCAGUUUGUAGACAAGUUGGAUUAUCACUGAUAGAUCCUAUAUUGAGAUUUUGCGUUAAAUUUUAUACACCUGAUCCAGCACAGCUGGAAGAAGAGUUUACGAGAUAUCUAUUUUGUCUUCAAAUCAAACGGGAUUUAGCCCAAGGUUUACUACAAUGCAAUGAUAAUACAGCAGCAUUGAUGGCGAGCUACAUCGUGCAGGCCGAGUGUGGAGAUUACGUGAUAGAGGAUUAUCCAGAUCACACGUAUUUGUCAACUUACAAAUUUGUGCCUCAUCAAGAUCAAGAACUAGAACGUCGCAUUAUGGAAAAUCACAAGAAACACGCGAUCACGAGGGCGUACCGUUGAAUCUGGCAGUGGCGCACAUGGGGAUAGUCGUUUUUCAAAAUUUCACCAAGAUAAAUACGUUCAGCUGGGCGAAAAUCAGGAAGAUCAGCUUCAAGAGGAAACGAUUUUUAAUCAAACUUCAUCCAGAGGGUUACGGUUAUUACAAGGACACCGUCGAGUUCUUUUUCGAAGGUCGUAACGAGUGUAAAAACUUCUGGAAAAAGUGCGUGGAGAAUCACGGAUUUUUCCGUUGCUCGGUGGUGAAACGAGUGGUACGCCAGAAAACACGGGUGCUCAGUCGUGGCUCGUCGUUCAGGUCCAAUUCGUUCCGGCAGACUAGCGGUGGUAGGGCAUUGCAGGGCUUGGAGGGGGGAGGCUAUCGUGGGGCCACUCCAAGCAGCUCCCUUAUGGGCAGCUCCAGCAUCUCUGCCCACCCCCUCCUGCCCCUCGGCGAUCCUGCCCUGGAAACCCCAGCUCUGUCUCUAUCAUGCGGCUCGAUGACACUGGAUUCUCCGACGACUGUGACGAGUGUCUCGAUGGGAGGGACGAUUCACCGUCGCGAAGACACAGCUACGUCGUUUCGGACACUUACCUCCAUCGACGUCCAUUCGCCGGCCACCCCCAGCCAGGUCCCAGCACCGCGGCAGAUGCUUGUUGCCAGCCAGCAACGGAUUUCAUCAGCAGGUCGUAUCAGCCCCUCUAACAGCAGUCCUCCUGAAUUCCCCCCACCGCGACCUAUGCCUAGACAUCCCUGGCAGCGAUCGGCCAGUUGCCGCGAGUUGUACGCGUCUAGCUUCGAGGAUUCAGGGAAAGCGCGAUCGAAGGACGAGAAGGUCCUUGCCGCCGCCAUCGCCGCCGCCGCCGCCGCCGCCGCCGCUACCGAAGGCGGUGACGAUAUCCUGCUGGAACCUUUCCGUUUACCGUCGCAGGGCGAGCUGGACAAUCCGGUGACGCGUUACGACGAGAGCAAUCGUUCGUUCAGCGCGGCCAGCUCGAAGCUGCCGUCCCUCGAUCAUGACUCGGUGCCGGAGCGCGUCUAUAGUAGCUCGUAUCCGGGUACCUCGUCGCUCUCCACCGAGUCUGGCCACGAGGAGUCCGGCCCCGCGGGCGACCUCUCCCACGACGAUCUGUCGCACGAUUCGUACGAGCUGUUGGAACGCGAGCACGAAUUUGAAUACCCGGAGUCGUACUCGAGUCCGCGGGACGACGACGACGACGACGAGGACGAGGACGGUGACGAGGACGAGGACGAGGACAACGACGACGACGACGAGGAGGAGGAGGAGGAGGAGAACGAGCCAUUGUCCGACAGAAGCGACGAAGGAAUCGAGCACGAGAUGUUCCAAAUGGACUCGGAGACCGAUUCCUUCGUCAAGCAUCGGUCGAUCAAGUCGACGGACAAACAGCAGUUCAAAUCCGUGCUCGCGGACCUGAAGAAGAAGAGCCAAGCUAGAGCCAAGUCCAUCGAUCGGUACUCGGCCGCGAAACCGGAGACAACGAGGGACGGUGGUGUAGACAACUACAUCACCGUCGAGUCUCGCAUACAACGAUCUAGCACGCAGAUCGAGCGAAAGUUCGAGACGCGGCACGCAAACUCGAUAGACCAGCAGCAACAGCAGUCGAAAGUUCCUCUGCCGCAUCAGGACUCCGGCAGGAAAGACCCGGUCGUGUUGCAAGUGCAAAAGCAGAAAAUGAACGUGCUGAACGAGUUGAAGAACUUCAAGCCCAAGUAUAAGAUCACUCACGUGGAUUCGGAGGUUUUACGGGACGAGGGUAUCAUGCGGCCCAAGUCACGCAUAGACGACGACCUGAGCCCGGUCGACUCGACCAAUCGAACGAUCGUGGAUCAGAGAGCCGGGAGCAGGGAUCGGAGAUCGAGCCGCGAGAGCAGCGAAACCACCGAGGCGAAACAACAACUCGAGAAGACGUUGUCAAAGUUGCAAGAGAAGGAGAGGAAACGCGCGGAGAGGGAGAGCAGCAAGAGGACGACGGAGCGUCGCUCGAUCGAGCGAUUCGACUCGCGUAGCCGUCGCAGCGUCGACGCGAGGGAACUGCGAAGGAGCAUCGAGAGGCUGGACGUUCGCGAGAGAAGCUACGAGCGACUGGACUCGAAGGAGAGAUCGUCCUCCCGUCCUCACGAUCCCUACGAAUUGCGCGGCAAGAGCUUCGAGCGUUUGGAUUACCAGGGAUUACUGCGCGCCAGCACCGAGUACGUGAACAGCAGAAGCCCGAAGGAGAGAACGACGACGACGACGAAAGAACGACGGGAGAGAAGCGUGGAGCGACUGGACUCGAGGGAGAAGAGGAGAAGCCCGGGUAGUCGAAGCAACACGAUCGACUACAAUCAGAGGCACACGUUGGAGCGUUUCGACUCCGGGAACAGAAGCCCGUUGGAGCGGCUGAGCGCCGGCAGCCGGGCAGAGCAUCAUCGUGGCAAGAGCGUCGACAGACUGGACUCGCAGGAGAGUCGACCGACCUUCGACUUUGACCCGGUCACCAUCGAGCGACUCAAGUCUCUGGAGAGGCGCAACAGCCUCGUCUCGUCCAAGGAGCACGUGGUCGAGAGGAAGGCAGAGGCGAGAAAGAGCUUGGAGAAGCUGGACUCGCGCGAGCAGCGACGCCACGUCGAACGACUCGACUCGCGCGAGUCGCGAAAGUAUCAUCUGGACAGGUUCGAUUCGCGAGUAGGAGGAGGAGGGCGAAGUCUAGAGUGCUUCGACGAACAGGAGACGCACGACUGGAGGAGAAACAGCGUGGAGAGGCUCGAGUACAAAGAGUCGAGGAAGAGCAAAGGGCAGAGGGGGAGCAAGUCCGAGGAGAAACCGCGCGAGAGGGACGACUGGAGGAGCUUGGAGAAGGCGCGGAAGGACGAGGAGAAGCGGGAGAGGGAACGACAACAGGCGAGGCUGUCGAUAGAGUCGAGGACAGAGACGGUGAUCGGCGUGCCGAUCGAGAUGGAGAACUUGCAGAAAUCGAAGGCCACUUUCACCGAGUACGAGCCGAAGAUCGUGGGCGGCAUGGUGCUGGGUUUCGACGACACGAUACCGGGCCACACGCCGGUCGAGCGUACCAAGAGCGACCCGAAUCCCGCGCGACAGAGAUUAAGCUCGAACAACAAACGGCACAUACUGAUGCAUCAAAAGUCCAUCGACCUGACGCCGGCCGAUUCCGGGGACGAGGACCCGUUCUCGGACAGCGCGGCCAUCCAGAAAACCAACGUCGAGAUACCGUACACGUUGCACAAGCGGCACGUGAUGAACGGGACCGCGUCGGACGAGAACAAGCUGGUCGUCUCGCCCGACAAGCCGAAGAGCGCCUCGAUCACGCCCACGCGGCCCAAGUCGAUACUCACCAGCCCGUCGUCCGACAAGCCGAAGAGCAUCCUCAGCCCUACGUCCAAGUUGUCGCCCACCGACGCGAAGAACGUCGUCUGCAGUUUCUCCCCGACGAGCAGAAGCCCGUCGAAGAAACAGAGAUCCGCGUCGUUCGACUCGAAGGUUCGAACGGAGAUCGUGAUCGAGGAUCGAACGUGUAUAAAGUCGUCCAGCCUCGACAAGAAGCAGCAGCCGUCGCCGAUCGAGCCGACGACGACGACGACGACGACGACGACGACGGAGAGACGCUCGCCGAAAGUGUCGCCGACGGAUCCGAACGUGACGAUCGUCUCGGUGAUACAAAAGAAGAGAUGGUCGCCGUCCAAGAGCUUGGCGGCCGUGGCGCAGCGAUCGCUCGACUCCAAGACGACCAAGACGACGACGCAACCUUUGAACUUUGCCGACGUGGUCGGCAUGGAGAUGAAGAUGAAGCUGGAGCGGAAGGCCAGGUCGUCCGAGAUGGAGAAGGACAGUCUAAAGACGCCGGAGCGAGACAGCUUGGAGAAGCAAGACAGCAUAGAGAAGAUACCGUUGCCGGAAAUACCGAGACCACCACCGGCUGUCGUCACCGGCACCGAUCAGCCGGAGAGCGAAACGAAGGGAACAGCAGCAGCGUCGGAAACGAUCGUACCGGACGGUGAGAGGAGGAGCAAGAAAGAGGAGAAGGAGGUGGCGAGCGUUGCACAGCCAGAAGAGAGGAAGCCAAAGACGUUGGAGAAGCCGAGCAUACCGGAGAAGACGAAACGCAUCCUCGAGAAGAUCGAGUCAAAGUUCUCGGAGGCGAGGAUCGCCAAGCCGAGGAUCAUCGACACGGGGUUCGACGAUUUCGUGGAACCGGUGGCUGACCUGCCGCUGGACGAGGUGCCGGUGAAGCCCGCGCUCGAGCUGGACAGCCUGAAGGUACCCGAGUUCGUUCCUUUCGUCUCGUCGAGGCCGCACGGCGAGUCCCUCCGCUCCAAGUCGUUGUCGCUGGCCGAGGAGAAAGCGCCGAUCGACACGCUCCUCUCGCCGGAGGUGGAGAACAAGCACUUCGUGCCGGACGUGGUCGUGUCGCCGAAGAGGGCGAAGAAGGCGAAACCGGAGCCGAAGAAGGACUUUAAGAAACAGUCCAAGUCGCUGGAGGGUGACAAGCCACCGUUGAAGAAGGCUAGCUCGAAGGAGUCGUCGCGCGUGUCCACGCCGAGCUGCUCGAAGAUCGACAAGUCGAAGCUGAAGUUGGGCGAGAUGCCGCAGGAGAUCAUCAUAAUCGAUUCGACGGACGUUGCGCCGGAAGUGAGUAUCGUUCAGAAAGGUAGAUCCAAGUCGAUCAGCCGACUGCCCGAGAAGGGGGCGAUCUUCUCCGCGUCGUCGUCGUUGUCGUCGAAGGAAGAGGCAGCAGCAGCAGCAGCAGUAGCUGCUGCUCGAGCGAAAUCUGCCUCGGUGGACGACGAUCUGAUCAAGAGCAGCGCAAAGGGCGACAAGGCGAGACCAAAGUCGCUAGGCAUUUCCAAGAGUCUGGGUAGCAGCGCCGAGAGGAAGGACUCGGCGGAGAAGAUCUCGCCGAAGAGGACUAGGGUGGUGAAAUCCUCGACAGAGGUGAAGUCGCCCACGUCGACGACGGAGGAGCCACCGCCGGCCAAGCCACCGCAGCAGGAAUCGAGAACACACGCAAAGUCGAAAUCGGAGAACGUCGAGAUCGAGUCGGCGGAGACGAGGAGCGGCCUUGCGCCGCAGGAUUCGACGCAGGAUUCGACGCAGUCGCCGGUGGUGUUGCGCAAGCAGGACCAGACGCCUGUUCUCUUCGCGCGUGCGCGUCUCGGUCUGUCGGAGGGAAGCGGGAUCGGCGCGUUGCAGAGGCAAGGAGCGACGCAAUCGCCGACCUCGCAAAGACGGGCCAAGUCGUUGGACGCCCCAGUGAUCGCUGUGCACAAGCUUCCGCCGGCGAACGCCUUCUCCAGCAAGGACGACACGGUCGACGUGUCGGAGAACCCGAAGGAAUCGGGCACGGAGACGACUCUGCCAGCUGGUGCACCAUUACCACCACUACCACCACUACCACCACCACCACCACUACCACCACCACCACCACCGACGAAACCUCAAUCGAUUCAAAUCGAAGCGUCGCCGAAUCACAGGUCGGACAGCACGGAUCAUACCACCGUGCCGGAGAUCUUCACCGAUUCCCUCUCCGUCACCGAGACCUCCGCGCAGUAUCUCGAGUCGCCGUUGACCGAGUCGAACGAGAUCAUCACGGCCAGCGUGGACCUGAUCCCGUACGAGAGGGACGACGACGCGUUGCAGCUGGACGGAGCAGCGAGCAACGAAGGAUCGAAGGAUCAAAGGACGACGAUGCUGGAGUCGGUCAGGGUGGACGAGAGGACAAAGUUUAUCGACCAGAGUUCCGUGGAGUCUGGCGCCGAGCAGCAGAUGGCAGUCAGAGCGGAGAAGAUCGAUCUGCUCAGUGUUACGAAGACCAUCGACGGCUGCUCUGUUGUUCCGCAGUUGCAAUACGAUCAGACAACGACAACGACCACGACGACGAUCUUCUGCGAGUCGACUGGGAACGUAGCGAUAGAAACGGAGAUCUCUGCGAUGCCUCUGCCGCCGCCGCCUCCCGUGGAGACCGAGAGCAAAGAGCGACGUCAGGAGGACGCGAAGAAGGAUCUGACGAAGAGAGACGACCUUCCCGACGUAACGGUGACCGGCGUUGCGCGAGAAGACGGCGGGACGACGAGCGGUUUCCCGACGGUCAGGACGAUCGACUUUGACGACGGGCAGGACAACAUGGUCAAGUCACCGAUUCAGAUCUCCAUCGAGGAGUGCUCGGACGAUGACAACGACGACGAGGACAAGGAGGACGUAGAGAGAGGAGAGGAGGAGGAGGAAGAGGAGGAACGAGAAACGCGAGAGCAGCAGGAAGGCGAUGAGAAUCGGCCGACGACGUUGGACUCGGCGGAUACCAGCGAGGACACGCUCGACGCGCUCGACACGCAGGUUCACAUGAGAGGCAUCGAUAGCGAGUUGAGCUCGCCGGACUACGGCGUCGACAAGAUGGACGAGAAGACGCUGGUGGAGGUGGAGUUGACGCCCGAGUAUCUGGAGAUGAGACGAGAGGACGAGGACGAAGGCGAGGAACUGUUGGCCGAGGAGCUGCCAAAAGACGAGGAGGAGGAGGAAGAGGUUGAGACGGGAGAGACGGCGAGAGAUUCAGCCGCGCUCGAGGAAACGUCUUCGAGCGGGAAUCGUUUGUCGAUCGAGAAGAAGCUUCGACUGCUGAGCAGCGAACGAUCGAGAAGCGAGGAGACGACCAGCACGUGGACGCCGGAUCGCGAGGACCCAGAGUCCAGUUCCUGUUCGAUAGCUCGACCUCUGGGCAUCGGCCAGAUCCAGCCGAUAGUCGAUCGUCGGGAAAUAGUCGCGACGGCGAGGGAGACGCGCGGUCCCGGAGGAGGUUCUUCGUUGGAGGACGAGAACAGCAACGGUGGCCCGAGGCCCGAGUUGAGUUCCACUUGGAAGUCCUUCCCUCUGGAGAGCUCCGGCAGCUCGAGCAUCGAGGACGGCUGCUGGACGACCGGCCAGGACGAGAACAACGCCGCUCAGUCUCACUCCGAGGACAGCAACGGGCAGAACGAGGACAGCUUUCAGGAGGAUCUGGCCGGCAGUUUCAUCUACCCGAUCGGCCCCGAUAUCCUCACCAGCUGCGGCACGUUCGCGCUCACGCGGACCCUGUCCAGGAUAUCCGAGAGGUCCACCACGUCGGAGCAGGACAAGAGCGACGACUUGGAGGACUCGUUCAAGCCUAGCUCGAGGUCUCCCAGUUUGGACGACGAGUCGCUGAUAUCCAGCGAUCAUCAACUCUCUCUGUCUUCCGACCCGCCGUCCGGCACGCCACUGCCCUCCAUCUCCGAGGAUCGGCGCACCUCCUCCGAGCUGCCGGACAUCCCGAUAGACGUCGUGGCGAGCGAGCAAGACGAGGAGGCUGCCGCCAAAUCGCCCAAGUCGUCGCUCGGCGGCGGCAGAUCGGCGAGGAGGCUGCAGGAACAGAGCUCGGAGGAUUGGCCGUCGCCGCCUAGCUCGCCCGUCUUCGAAUCAUCCGUCGCCGUGGUCAGCCACGUGGAGACCUUCUACAUGGAGAUCAAGCCCGAGGAGGCGGUGAAGGUGACGGUGACCGACAGCACCGAGACGCCGAGCCAGCUGCCGGACCACGACAACAGCGACGACUCCAGCGACGACUCCAGCGACGAGAACCGAACCCUGCACGACGAUCUUCUUCACUCCACGUUCCUCGAGGACGGUCACAGUUCCACGUCCGCGACCACCGUCGACGGCACCGUGAAGAUCGCCGUCAAGCCAAAGUCCAACUCUCACGUGACGGCAGGCAGCUCGCACAGCGAGGACACCUCGAUGGGCCUCUCGAUGUCCGAAUGGUCGAGCUCGAACAACACGGUGCGCCAGUUUUGCCAGUAUUCCGGCACAAAGUCGGACGACAACUCGCUGGCGGAGCUCGGCGCCUCGAUCUCCGAUUGGUCGGGCAGCACCACCGUCGUCCCGGCGGCGGCGGCGGCGGCGGCGCAGCAACAGCAGCAGCAGCAUCACUACUCGGUCGAGAAGAGUCAGAGCGACACGACCACCUCGGACAAGAGCGUGACCAGCAUGAGACCAAACUCCAAGUGCAGGUCGGCCGACGGUGUCGCGCACUCGCCGCCGUUCCCACCGCCGCCGACCUCCCCUCCCCUCACGCUACCACCACCACUACCACCGCCACGUUCCGCUUCAGUUUCCGUCUCCGUCUCCGUCUCCGUCUCGCCGUCCGACGACUACCAGCAGGAACGACGACCUGGUCCGAUCGACAACUACUACGACGACUACGAGGAGGAGGAGGAGGAGGAGGAGGAGGAGGAGGAGGAACGAUGGAACGACGAACCGUCGUCCUCGAGGAGAUUCGUCGUCGUCGAGGACGACGAUCAGUCGUUCGACGAACAACGACGACGACGACGAUGGGCAGGAGGAGCCAGCGUUUGUACCGCGUACAUCUCGCCACCUCGGAUCAUUCUUCAGAACGAGUUCGACGAGAUGAUCGACGACGAGCUGUGGCUGAUGUCGGACGACGGCGACGCGCCGCUGCCGAUCCUCGAGGAGGAGGAGGAGGAGCAUCAGUGGAACGAGCAGCUGGAGAUGGCCGCGUCGUCGAUGGCCGCGUCGUCGAUGGCCGCGUCGUCGAUGGCCGCGUCGUCGAUGGCCAGGCAACGACGAACGAUGGCCAGGCAACGACGAACGAUGGCCAGCGACGAUGGCGGACGACAUCUGUACGAGAACAUUCCGCCGAUCAAUUAUCUGGGCGGCGAUCAGAUUCGAAUAAUCUCGGAGGUCGGCCAUCGAGGGGGGGGCAGCUCCGAGGACAUGCACGAGAGGUACGCGCAUCUGACGCUCGGAUCCGCGUCCCGACCGACCGCCGACGACGACUGGUCGUUCGAGGAGGAACGGGAGGAAACGAAGGAGAAAGUGGUGGUGACGGCGGCCACCAGGUUGUCCAAGCGUGGUUUCACCAGCCCGAUUGGACCGGGCAGGUAUUACGAGACAAGAUCCACCGAGCGACCGGGCAGGUAUCACGAGACAAGAUCCACCGAGCGACCGGGCAGGUAUCACGAGACAAGAUCCACCGAGCGACCGGGCUGGUAUCACGAGACAAGAUCCACCGAGCGACCGGGC